CGAGCUCCCAGUUGCACACCCCUGCCUGAGAACAAAGGUGCUAAGUAACUGGGAGCUCGCAAGCUCUUUCACUUCUCAUACCUGGUACUUUUACCUGCUGUAUUGAAUACACGUAGAACUACUCACAUACACAGUCUUAGAGAGCUCCUUGAGCAGCAGUAGUGGGGGGACGCUGUCGAGAAUCACUAGCAUCAGAGACGAGGUCUCGUCUGACUAGCAUAAAGGAAGGUCGACUCCUCCGUUUCAAGGCUUCUCGUGUAACGGUAUUAAACAACGUAACGUUAUCAAAAUUUCCACUGGUGCGCGUAAUAUUUCAGUGAAUUUGUGAUUAAUCGUAAACAAAUAUUCUUUCUCGUUGUUUCAUUUAACGGAAUACUGAAAGGAGUUACAUUUAGUCGCGUUCCCGGGCAUAUGUUGUUUGAUGAAAUGCGCAUGCGUCGUUUUACCGAGCUCCUUUUCCGGGAAGAAGAGCAAGCGUCGGGUACUGGAGCUGGUAAGGCAUUGUUUGGUUGUUAUAAAAUGACAGCCAUUACGAUUUCACCGGCUACCCAUGGACUUAUUCAAGUUGUAAACGAAAGUAAUUUAUGUAAAAUUGAAAGCUACCUGAAUGACACCGCGUACAGGGAAUCCAUUGAAAAUGCUUCGAAUUAUAAUAGCCGAUUAUGCAGGGAGCGUCGGCUACGUAUGCCUUUUCUCGAUUCACAGACAGGUGUAGCACAAAAUCAUUCUGCAUUGUUUAUGUCCUCAAGAGAAAGACUGCCAGGUUUAUUGCACGGUCAAAUAUAUACAUAUCCAAGUAAAAGAUGGAGAAAAAAAAGACGUCAGUAUUUAAUGCAUUAUUUGCAUCCAAAAAGAGGUCCAAGAGGAGAUCCAGAAGAUGGUGUAGAAGUAGAAACUGUAACUCAUGUAAAUGACGAUAGUAAAGAAUCGGUUGCUCUUAAAGAGGAACAUAGUAAAGAAGCUUGGUACUAUGAUGAGCAGGAUAUGCUAGACAUGGACACAUAUGAGGAACCUGAUCCUGAAAGUGAUUAUGAUUAUGAAGAAAGUUACAGUAGUAAAAGGAAACGAAGAAAACCUCGUGGUGGUGGACAUCAUCCUGCAAGGAAUCAUCCACCUUCCACAGACAGUCCAGGGACCAAACGUACAAAGGGUGGGGGACGUGGGCGCAAAAAGACCAACUAUGAUGCUGUUGACACUGAUAAGCCAUUCGUUUGUGACCUAUGCAGCGCACGGUAUAAAACCAGACCUGGUCUGGUCUACCAUUACGGUCAUUCCCACUCUACUUCCUCCGGUGAUCCUGCUAAGGAACUAAGUCCCAGUCCUGCCGAAGUUGAACCUAGGAGCGUUGCAGACACCGCUGCUUCGAACCAGCCAG